AUGGUGGCUCACAUAAAAAGCAGCCGGCUCAAGGCCAUGGGUGUGGGCCAGCACCACAGCGCCAGCAACUACCAUAACCAGAGCUUUAAGGAGCUGCAAGCAGCCUGUCUGAGAAAGGGGGAGCUGUUUGAGGACCCCUUAUUCCCUGCUGGACCCAGUUCACUAGGCUUCAAGGAACUGGGCCCCAACUCCAGAAAUGUGCAGAACAUCUCCUGGCUGCGGCCCAAGGAGAUCACAAGCAACCCUCAGUUCAUCGUGGAUGGGGUCUCUCCAACAGACAUCUGCCAGGGAGUACUUGGAGACUGCUGGCUGCUGGCUGCCAUUGGCUCACUCACCACGUGCCCCAAACUUCUGUACCGUGUGGUGCCCAAGGAGCAGGGCUUCAAGAGAAACUAUGCUGGCAUCUUCCAUUUUGAGAUUUGGCAGUUUGGGCAGUGGGUGGACGUAGUGGUGGAUGACAGGCUGCCCACAAAGAAUGACAAGCUGGUGUUCGUACACUCAUCCGAGCGCAGUGAGUUCUGGAGUGCCCUGCUGGAGAAGGCGUAUGCCAAGCUGAACGGGUCCUAUGAAGCACUGUCAGGAGGCAGCACCAUGGAGGGCUUUGAGGACUUCACGGGAGGCGUGGCCCAGAGCUUCCAACUCCAGAGGCCCCCUCACAACCUGAUGAGGCUCCUCAGGAAGGCUGUGGAGCGAUCCUCCCUCAUGGGCUGCUCCAUCGAAGUCACCAGUGAUAGUGAGUUGGAAUCACUGACCCAGAAGAUGCUGGUGAGAGGACAUGCUUACUCAGUGACUGGCUUUCAGGAUGUCCUCUACAGAGGCAAGAUGCAAACACUGAUUCGGGUCCGGAAUCCUUGGGGCCGGAUUGAGUGGAAUGGAGCCUGGAGUGACAAUGCCAGGGAGUGGGAAGAGGUGGCCUCAGACAUCCAGAUACAGCUGCUGCACAGGAAGGAGGAUGGGGAGUUCUGGAUGUCCUACGAAGAUUUCCUGGACAACUUCACACUCCUGGAGAUCUGCAACCUCUCACCUGACGCACUCUCUGGGGACUACAAGAGCUACUGGCAUACCACCUUCUAUGAGGGAGGCUGGCGUAGGGGCAGCACCGCGGGGGGCUGCAGGAAUAACCCUGACACAUUCUGGACCAACCCCCAAUUUAAGAUCUGUCUCCCGGAGGAGGACGACCCAGAUGAUAACACGGAGGACGACUCAGUCAUGUGCACCUGCCUGGUGGCCCUGAUGCAGAAGAACUGGAGGCACGCACGGCUGCAGGGAGUCCAGCUGCAGACCAUCGGCUUUGUCAUCUACUCGGUCCCAAAAGAGUUUCAGAACAUCCAGGACACUCACUUGAAGAAGGACUUUUUCACGAAGUAUCAGGAUCAUGGCUUUUCAGAGAUUUUCACCAACACACGGGAGGUGAGCAGCCAACUCCGGCUGCCUCCAGGGGAAUAUAUCAUUAUUCCCUCCACCUUUGAGCCACACAAAGAUGCUGACUUCCUACUUCGUGUCUUCACAGAGAAGCACAGCGAGUCCUGGGAACUGGAUGAAGUCAACUAUGCUGAGCAACUCCAAGAGGAGUAUGCCUCUGAGAAUGACAUAGACCAGGACUUCAUACAUUUGUUUGAGAUAGUGGCAGGAGAGGGCAAGGAGAUAGGCAUAUAUCAGCUACAAAGGUUGCUCAACAGGAUGGCCUUCAAACUCAAAUACCUCAAGACCAAGGGCUUUGGCUUGGAUGCAUGCCGCUGUAUGGUCAACAUCAUGGAUAAAGAUGGCUCUGGCAAGCUGGGGCUUCUAGAGUUCCAGAUCCUGUGGAAAAAAAUCAAGAAAUGGACGAAAAUCUUUCGAGAGUGUGAUGAAGACCAGUCAGGCACCUUGAACUCCUACGAGAUGCGCUUGGCAAUUGAGAAAGCAGGCAUCAAACUGAACAACAAGGUGAUGCAGGUGCUGGUGGCCAGGUAUGCAGGUGAUGACAUGAUCGUGGACUUUGACAGCUUCAUCAGCUGUUUCCUGAGGCUGAAGGCCAUGUUCACAUACUUUCUAACCAUGGACCCCAAGAACACCGGCCAUAUCCGUUUGAACAUGGAACAGUGGCUGAAGAUAACCAUGUGGGGAUAG